GCCUCCAAUAAGAAUUAAUUAUAUCUAAGUACAAGGUGCUGUUUUAUUAUUACAGAGAAAAGGGAUGUCAUUUUUGAUAAGUAAUCAAAACUUGUUUGAAAUUAAAAAUGAAGGUUUCUGAAUAGUGGGUGUACGGUUAAUGGAUUCCAUAUCUGUGUAUAAUAUGUGUGUGUAAUACACUGUAACUCUUGGCGAAAAGCUGAAAAUCCAGGGCAAUAGACUAGGGGGGAGUAUAAGAAAGGAGACAAAAAUAAAUUAGCAGAGAAAGCAGGUGGCAAUAAAUGGCUCCAAAAAACAGAACAGUUACAGCAUGUGCCGGGAUAUCAUUUAUGGGAUAACAAUUUUAGAGUUUCUAUUAUUAGCUGACGCUAGAGCAUGAGAAAGCCAUCAUUUGAAUGGAUUUUUAUGAAACUGAAUGAGCAGCAAGUCCCUGUUAUUUGAUAAUAUUAGGACCCUGGAGCAGAGGCUGAUUCAUGCUCGGCGCAAACCCCACCCUCAAGGCUGUUCGGGCUUUUGUGUGACUUGAGUGUUCUCACAAGGUAGCAGAGAGGAUGUCAAAUCCCAAUCAAGGUUGUGCCUGCCCGGGAUGUGUGUGUGCUUCAUGUAAAGCUGCUGGGGCUCUAGCAGCCUCCACUCUCCACUUGUUCCAGCUGUUCCACAGGGUGUGCAGGGCAAAGUGUUUCAUGCCUCGGCUCUAAAUCUGCAGUUAUCCAUGCCCCUCUAAUUAUUACUUCAUGAAUGUUAGCAGCAGCAGAGAGAAGCACUGGGAGCCGUCAGAUGAACAGCAGCAUGCAAGGAGCCAAACUUGAUCAUCUACUUUAUAGGAACUGGUCCGAACAAGAUCUAAAUGGGACACAGGAGCCCUUUCUAAAUCCAAAUGCUGAUUAUGAUGAUGAAUUUCUUCGCUAUCUUUGGAGGGAGUAUCUGCACCCAAAACCAUAUGAAUGGGUGCUAAUCGUUGGCUAUAUCAUAGUCUUCAUCAUUGCUCUUAUUGGAAAUAUACUAGUUUGUGUUGCAGUAUGGAAGAACCAUCACAUGAGAACAGUCACCAACUAUUUCAUCGUCAACCUCUCACUUGCUGAUGUGCUCGUUACAAUCAUUUGUCUUCCUGCAACUCUGCUAGUUGAUAUUACAGAGACAUGGUUCUUUGGGAAGACUCUCUGCAAGGUUAUUCCUUACUUACAGACUGUGUCUGUGUCGGUUUCUGUGCUAACCCUCAGUUGCAUCGCCCUGGAUAGAUGGUAUGCAAUUUGUCAUCCAUUAAUGUUUAAAAGUACUGCCAAAAGAGCGCAACAGAGCAUCGUUAUUAUUUGGAUUGUAUCCUGUGUUAUAAUGAUUCCUCAGGCUAUUGUUAUGGAGUGCAGCAGUGUGUUUCCAGAACUAGCCAACAAAACAAUCCUAUUUACUGUCUGUGAUGAGCGCUGGGAGGGUCAAAUUUAUUCCAAAGUCUACCACAUUUGCUUCUUUUUUAUCACCUACAUGGUCCCCUUAUGUCUGAUGAUUCUAGCAUACCUGCAGAUUUUUAGAAAAUUAUGGUGCCGUCAGAUUCCAGGAACUUCCUCUGUAGUUCAGAGGAAGUGGAAGCCCUUACAAUGUUCCAUUCAGUCUAAAGGACAGCAAUCAACUAAAUCGAGAAAUAAUGCUGUGGCAGCUGAAAUAAAACAGAUUCAUGCUAGAAGGAAAACAGCCCGCAUGCUUAUGGUCGUUCUGCUGGUUUUUGCACUUUGCUACUUACCAAUUAGCAUCCUUAAUAUUCUAAAGAGGGUGUUUGGGAUGUUUACUCACACAAAUGACAGGGAAACUGUAUAUGCCUGGUUUACUUUUUCCCACUGGCUGGUGUAUGCAAAUAGUGCAGCAAACCCUAUCAUUUACAACUUUCUCAGUGGUAAAUUUAGAGAAGAGUUCAAAGCAGCCUUUUCAUGCUGUUGCCGUGGAAUCCAUAAUAAUCAGGACGAUCGUCUCAUUCGAGGCAGAGCAAGCACUGAAAGCAGAAAAUCAUUGACUACACAGAUCAGCAACUGUGAUAAUGUUUCCAGACUUUCAGAACACGUUGUCCUCACCAACAUAAACACUUUAAAUGCAAAUGGCAGUGGAGCGGUUCACAAUUGGUAGCUUCCUUGUGCCAUAGUUACAUGUUGCAAAAGCAAUCAAAACUAUUAUCAAGUUUUGCAUUAUUAAAGAACAGUUGUACUUGCUAGCUUACCACUGACUCAAUGAAACAGAUAUUAUAAAUGUUGCAAUUUGUAACAAUUGGCCUUGGGAUGCGCCAUAAUCAUUUUUUCAGAUAUGGAGCAAUGCUGAAAAUGAUAAAGGCAUGCUGGAAUUUGCACCUUCAGGGUGACUGGAUGUACGGCAUACAAUAUUUACUGUACACUGCAAGUGAUGAUUUCAGAGUCACUUUUUGAAAGCACAGAAAUAUUUUUCUUAUUUGUAUAGUAGUAAUAAUGCACCACUUUUAAGCUGGUGAUAAUUUCUCCAAACAAGGUACAAUAUAGAUUGAUAUGCUGUACAUUGCUGCUAAAAUCCAAUGUCCCAUGGCAAGAACACACGAGAAUUGUAGCAAGAGACUAAGGUUUCCUUGUAGCUUUAAUUAACAGAAUUACUUUUAUUCAAGUUACUAUAUGAGUAUUAUUUAUGUUCAUUAAUGCAUUAAUACAGCUUUGAAAAAGUACAGUAUAUGUGCUUUGCUCACCAGGGCAAUGGCUUUCUUAUAACUGCUAUGUGCCACGAACAGUUGUGGAAGUGCACCUGAAGAUGUUGUGCCAUGCCCCGAACCAUUAUCUAAUAUAAGUAUGGGAUCUAUUAUUCAGAAUGCUUUGGGUUUUCCAGAUAUGGGAAAAAUUAUCCAUUAAACAUUGUUUUGCCAAUAACAUGAUUUCUUCUACCUUAGUUACCAUCAUGUACAAGGUACUGGUUUAUUAUUACAGAGAAAAGUAAUCAUUUUUAAUAAUUACAAUUAUUUGCUUCAACUGGAUAGGAGAUGGAUUCCUGUAAUUAAGAAAUUUCCUAGGAUUUCAUAGGAUUAGUACAACUCAUGGAGGACAGUUCUUUGGAAGGUGAUAUUGUUGAUAUGUAUCAUAUUGAACAAUAUUAAAGCACGCCUUCCAUGCACCAUAUUCUUUGCAGUAACUCUCUUUUAUAGAAUAUUCAUUCUUUCACUUCUAACACCUUAUUGGACACUCUACUGAAAAGCAAACAUAAGCAUAUUUCUAUACAUAGCAUCAUUGCAUUCUUUUCAAAUGAUAGUUGCUGACUAAAUGUUAAAUGUUGGGCAGUCUCUAUCUGCCUGUCUUCUUUUUUUUUUUUUUUACCUUCUCUUAAUUACAGUAUUAUUACAGUAUGCCCUGUCCCUCCUAUGUAAUUGCCCAUCGAUUUCAAGUUUCCAAUAUGCAGAGGUUCAUUGGAUGGCCAGUAUUGCUUCAUAACUGGCAAAUGUAGGAAUUGCAUCCCAAGAGGAAAAUGUGACAAAGACCAAAUGUUUAUGCACAGUGUUAUUCAAAAGUAUUUUCUACAUGAAGAAGUGUUGGAAGUUAAUGAACAUGUAUUUCUGUAAAAAAAUAAAAAGACCAUAAAUGAUGAAUUUUGAUUUGCACCAACAUAUUACUUGAGAAGGGAGUUUUAUAUAUAUAAUACAUUAUAUAUAAUGUAGAAUGAUAAGGGAAUUAUUUUGACAAAUCUAAGACCAUUUUAGCCACCAGUUUUAUAGUAUUGCAUUACUUUUUAAUGCAAUUGUAUUAAAAAAAAUUGAUAUGAAAUAUGAAAUUGAUAUUGAAAAAAAUUAUAUGAAAUACAUGCAAACAAAUAGUAAAUACAGGAAUCUUUGGGAAUACUGAAUUGUAAAAUAUGUAAAAAUAAUGAAGAGAAAUUAUUCUCUUAAAGGAGAACUAAACCCCCCUUAAGAGAAAAGCACCAUCCACUACCCUCCAUUCCUUCCUCCCUGUUUAUUCAGCACAUAGUCCAUUACUGCAAAAAGUGUCUCUGAAUGUCACACUGACAUAUCCAUGUAAAGUAGCUCAUGGGUGCCAUCUUUCGUAUCUUUGGAUCUUCUUCUCUUUGGCAACUUAGAGGCAACUUAGAGAACUUUCCGGCGCAUGCGCAGUUGGUGCGAAUACCAGACUGGCUUCAACUGUGCCAAAUAGCCAAAUAGCUCAGUGUCUGUGGUCCUUUUCUGAAGAUGUGAAAGAUGGCGCCCGUGAGCUUCGCUGCACUGAUAAGUCAGCAAGACAUACACUUUUUGCAGUAAUAGAAUGUGCGGGGAAGAAUCAGGGAGAGGGACAAUGGAGGGUAGUGGAUGGGGCUUUUCUCUUUGAGGAGGUUAGUUCUCCUUUAAUAUAUGUAAAAAAUAUUUCCAAGGAAGUGGUCCAAAUUCAUAUUUCGCCUUCCACGGUAUUAUUAAUGACAUUCUUCCUAUUUUUUAUUUAUCCCCACUGCAACAAUUUAAAUCGAGUAAGGCAGUUGAAUCCUUUAAAAAAAAAACAUAAAUCAAAUCAUAAUGCAUAAACAAAAUUAGAAUAGCUAUUAUAUAUUGUAUAUGCCUAAAGCAGGCAAAAAUCCUAAAUUUAAAUUACACGUACGUAGUAAUAAUUUGCUUAAGUGUGUAUAUAAAAUAAACCUUGGAAUGUGGAUCACAAGUUAAUUGUACUGUGUACAGCAAUUUAAUUGUACUGUGUACAGUUAAAUUUAAAAGAGAUCAACAUACAGCUAUGGACAUUUUAAUAACAUUACUGAAAUUGAUAUUGAAAAUAUCAAUCAUAAUUUAAAGAGAGUAUUACCUUUUUAUCUAUGUAACAAAUAGCCAAUACCAAUCCAGUCUAGGCCUUUUCACUCUAUUUUUGUUACUUGUAUCUACGCAUCCAAAGCCAUAUAAGCAGAGCAAAUGCUACCAGUUACUUCUGCCUUCAGGGAUUGCUUCUACACAAGUACUUGAACUCCUAAUAACAUCACUGCAGAACAAAUUCCUUUGUUCACUACUAUUUUAUUGAGGAUUUGAGCCAUUGUGUCCACCUAAUAUUAGAAUACACAUUGAUCCAGUGAGCAAAAUGUGAGUUUUACCUUUUUCAUUUGCAACCAACUACUGAAUAUAUUACAUUUAUCUAGUUUAAAUUGGCAGAUGAAUAAAAAAUAACUUUCAUACAAUGACAUAGCAGGUAAAAAUGUUGCUUAGUCCUGUCAAAUGUUAAUAGUAUGUCUUUUGUUCAAGGCUAUAUGAGAUAUUUGCUAUACCCAGAGAAAUGAUACGAAAUUUAAAUGACCAUUUAAUGACAAGAAAGUAUGUUUUCUUUUGCUGCUUUGCAUGUGGGGAAUAUGUAAAAUAGCAAUUAGACCCAAAGUGACAUUUUGGCUAUAUCCUCAUUGACAAAAGUAACAUAUGAACAGAAUCUGUGUAAUGUUGCUUUUGUAAUACUGUGUUUGAGAUCCCAGACUAAUUUAAUUUUCACAGGGUUUUUCUUUCUUAAUCAUUGAUUGUCAAUGUCAAACUACGCUGAAAGAAAUGGACUGAAUUUUUAACUCUGGGUAAGUUUUAAAUAAAUGUUGCUUUUGUCUCCUCUCUCACACACCACUGAUGUAAAUUGCCAGUGAGAUUACAUUGUACAUGCUCAGAAACAAAUACCUUUCGACACAGCUUUGACUAUUGGUCAUCACUAUUGUCUCCAUUUUUAACUGUAAAUUAUGGCACGAUCAAUAAAACCAUCUGAAAAGAAAA